GUCCCAGCGUGCCCUGCGCCUCAGCCCGCGCGCUCGCAGCUUCUCGCUCUCGCUCGCCCGCCCGUUCCCUAGCUUGCUCGCGCUGUUGCUCGCGCUCUCCUCGCGGAUCGAAGGGGCUCUGGCCGCAGCCUGUGGCUGGGAAGGGCGACAGAGGCGGCGGCUCAGGAAAAACGAGGCUGCAGUUGUGGUGGUGGUGGUGGUGGUGGGAAGAUGUCGGGCGAGGACGAGCAGCAGGAGCAAACUAUCGCCGAGGACCUCGUCGUGACCAAGUAUAAGAUGGGGGGCGACAUCGCCAACCGGGUACUUCGGUCUUUGGUGGAAGCAUCCUGCUCAGGUGUGUCAGUACUGAGCCUGUGUGAAAAAGGUGAUGCCAUGAUAAUGGAAGAGACGGGGAAAAUUUUCAAGAAAGAAAAAGAAAUGAAGAAAGGUAUUGCCUUUCCCACCAGCAUUUCAGUAAAUAACUGUGUAUGUCACUUCUCCCCUUUGAAGAGCGACCAGGACUAUAUUCUCAAGGAAGGUGACUUGGUGAAAAUUGACCUUGGGGUCCACGUGGAUGGCUUCAUCGCUAAUGUGGCUCACACUUUUGUGGUUGAUGUAGCUCUGGGGACUCAAGUAACAGGGCGGAAAGCAGAUGUCAUUAAGGCAGCUCACCUUUGUGCUGAAGCUGCCCUACGCCUGGUUAAACCUGGAAACCAGAACACACAAGUGACAGAAGCGUGGAACAAAGUUGCCCACUCAUUUAAUUGCACACCAAUAGAAGGUAUGCUGUCACACCAAUUGAAGCAGCAUGUCAUCGACGGAGAGAAAACUAUUAUCCAGAAUCCCACAGACCAGCAGAAGAAGGACCAUGAAAAAGCUGAAUUUGAGGUCCAUGAAGUAUAUGCUGUGGAUGUUCUUGUCAGCUCUGGAGAGGGCAAGGCUAAGGACGCAGGACAGAGAACCACCAUUUACAAACGAGACCCUUCUAAGCAGUAUGGCCUGAAAAUGAAAACUUCACGUGCCUUCUUCAGUGAGGUCGAAAGACGUUUUGAUGCCAUGCCCUUUACUUUAAGAGCAUUUGAAGAUGAGAAGAAGGCCCGCAUGGGUGUGGUGGAGUGCGCCAAACAUGAGCUGCUGCAGCCAUUUAAUGUUCUCUAUGAGAAGGAGGGUGAAUUUGUUGCCCAGUUUAAAUUUACAGUUCUACUCAUGCCCAAUGGCCCCAUGCGGAUAACCAGUGGUCCCUUUGAGCCUGACCUUUAUAAGUCCGAGUUGGAGGUCCAGGAUGCAGAGCUCAAGGCCCUCCUCCAGAGUUCUGCAAGUCGGAAAACCCAGAAAAAGAAAAAAAAGAAGGCCUCUAAGACUGCAGAGAAUGCCACCAGUGGGGAAACUUUAGAAGAGAAUGAAGCUGGGGACUGAGGUGGGUCCCAUCUCCCCAGCUUGCCACUCCUGCCUCAUCCCCUUCCCACCUCACCCCAGGCUCUGUGAAGUGCAGUUCGUCUUCACCACCCAGGACCGCCAGCAGAGCGGGGUCUCCCUGUCCUCAUCCCAGUCCCCCAACCCACCCCCUUCCAACAACAACCAGCUCCAACUGACUCUGGUUUUGGGAGGCCAGGCUUCCCAGCCACCGAAGACUACUUUAAAUAGAAAAGAGAAAUUGAAUAAUAAAAUCAGGAGUCAAAAUC